UGUUUUUUUUAACAAAAAUCAUAUUUUUUCAGAUACAAUGAUUGAAAGAAAACUAUUAUUACAAAUAAUAAUCAAAUCGAAAAGUGUUCUCAGGCGAAGUUCUCACACAGGUUUAAGAAGUGUGGGGGGCACUGCUGUUGUUACCCCCGUAUACUCUAAAGCACUCCACUUUGGAGACAGGGUUGCCAUUAUUGAUGAAUCAGGAUCUUACAGUUACAACAACCUAUAUGGAAGAGCAAAGAAGUUAGCUGAAACUAUAGAGAAGGAAGUUCCAGGUCCUGGAUCUAAAAUCACAUUUCUGUCCCCGAACUCGUCAGAAUAUAUAGUUGCACAGUGGGCAAUAUGGAUGGCCGGAGGGGUUGCUGUUCCACUUUGUAAAUCUCAUCCUUUACCCUCACUUAGGUAUUAUGUUGAAGACAGUGGGUCAGUGAUUACCCUUGCUACUCCAGAUCUGGCAGAAAAACUGUAUCCACUAGAAAACAAAGUGAUUGAAUAUUUUUCCACAAAUGAGACGAAAUCAGAUGUUCUCCCUGCCCCUGCCCCAGUUAAACUUUUCUCUUCCUCUCCUGCAAUGAUACUGUAUACAAGUGGCACAACAGGGCCUCCAAAGGGUGUAGUGCUAAGCCAUGGAAACCUGGAGAGUCAGGCCAAUUGUCUUAUUUCUUCGUGGAGAUGGGUUGAAAGUGACAAGAUCUUGCAUGUUCUACCCUUACAUCAUACUCAUGGAAUAGUGAAUUGUCUGUUAUGUCCACUAAAUGUUGGAGCCAGUAUUCAGAUGCUUCCUGGUUUUGAUGCUGCAAGGGUGUGGUCGGCUCUUGUCAACAAUGAGGUUAAUAUUUUUAUGGCUGUUCCAACCAUCUACGCCAAGCUGAUUGAAUAUUUCGAUAAAACAAACAUGUCCAGCUCUACAGUUACCAAUGCAUGCAAGGGUAUUAGGUUGAUGGUAAGUGGUUCUGCAGCUCUACCUACACCAGUCCUUGAGAGAUGGAAGGAAAUAACUGGACACACACUUCUUGAAAGGUAUGGAAUGACUGAAAUUGGCAUGGCGCUCUCCAAUCCUCUUGAUGGAGUUCGAGUUCCUGGAGCCGUUGGGAGUCCUCUUCCAGGAGUAUCAGCUCGAAUAGUUAGCUGGGAUAAAAAUGGAAAUGAGAAGGUCCUGGUUGAAGGAGAACAUGGGUUUGUUUCAUCAGAGAACAGUGAACCAGGGGAACUGCUGAUCAGGGGUCCUAAUGUAUUCCAAGAGUACCUAAACAAACCGGAAGCAACAAAGAAGGAAUUUACAGAGUCAGGAUGGUUUAAGACAGGGGAUACAUGUAAGGUUGAGAACGGUGUAUUCAGAAUCCUUGGAAGAACCAGUGUUGAUAUCAUUAAGUCUGGUGGAUAUAAAAUAUCUGCUCUUGAUAUAGAACGUAUCUUGCUUACUCAUCCACGUAUACAGGAUGUUGCUGUUGUUGGAGUUCCAGACCCAACCUGGGGGGAGAAGGUUGGGGCUGUUGUUGUAGUUUCACAAGGUCAACAGCUUACACUGCAACAACUUAGGUAAACACUAGAUGUUGUU